AGUAUGGUCAAGGACGUGCUUGAAAACAUGACUCAAGGAUUUGGGACGAUCCUCAAGGGGAUGGCUGGUAUCACAAAGGAGAUGAAGUUGAUGUCCGUGAGAAUGGAAGCUGUGGAGAAGAUGGUUGGUAUCACCAAAGCAGGGACAUCAUCUUAG